CUUUUGCGCAGCGUCGGUGCAGACCUAGAGGAAGUGUUCAGCCAUUUUAGACGAGGGAUCGGACACGAACAAUAACAUUGAACCGAAUUUCAUUUUUUUGUUAAAUGUAGCUAACGGCUCGUCUGUUUAAAUUAUAUCGGGCACUGAAGAGGAAACCAAACGAGACGGCCGAAAGUCUCAUUUUAAAAGAGAGAGAAAGACUGCCGAAGAUGGCCGUCGACAGGCGAGACGACAAAGAUGGAGAGCUUAAUGUUCUGGAGGAUAUAUUGACUGAUGCUCCUGACCAAGACGACGAAUUGUACAACCCUGAAAGUGAACACGACCUGAACGAAAAGAAAGGUUCCAAGCGAAAGAACGAACAUGGAGAAAGCCACGAUGCAAAGAGACUAAGGUCCUCUGGCCACUCCACCAGGCAGCCGGUUAAAAGGUCAGUACUGUCUAGCAGAUCCAUUGGGAAAAAGAUGACCAGCCUGAGGGGUAGACACCAUCCUGAUGACUUCUAUGAAGAAAGGAAGAACCAUUCUGGCAGAGGAAGAGCUUCCAGGCCUGAGUUGUCUAAAGGGCACAGCAGAGACCACCAGAGGAGGAUCAAACCACUGAUCCCAGAGUUGAAUGAGAAACUGAGGAGGACGAGUGAGGAGAGUGUGGGCCGGGUGAGUCAUUCCUCGAAAGAAGAUGAAGAAGAGGGGCGGUCGGACGAGUAUGCAUCGGAGCAUGAGACGGGCAGUUCCGCAGGUUCCUCUGAAGGCAACCGUUCUGACGGUGAGGAAGAGGAGGUGAUGGAGGAUGAUGAUGAGGAUGGAGAGAAGGGCCCAGAUGAAGAUGAAGAGGAUGUUGAGGGAGAAGAUGGAGAAGAGGAGGACGAAGACUACGAGCUGGAGGACGGUGACCAGCAGGAGGGGAACGAGCAGAAUGACUACGACACACGCAGCGAAGCCAGUGAUUCGCAGUCAGAAUCCGUGUCCUUCUCAGAGGGCGAGUCAGUGCACUCUGCCUCAGGCUCUGAGGCUUCUGAUAAGGAAAGAACAGAGAAGAAGCACGCUAGAGGGAUAUCACCAAUCGUUUUUGAUAGAAGUGGAAGCUCAGCUUCAGAAUCGUGCACAGGGUCUGAAAAGAAGCACGAAAAGCUGUCAUCGUCCGUUCGUGCUGUGAGAAAAGAUCAAACCAGCAAGCUGAAGUACAUCCUGAGGGAGGCCAGGUACUUCCUGAUUAAGAGCAACAACCAUGAGAAUGUUUCUCUCGCCAAGGCUAAGGGGGUGUGGUCGACCCUGCCCGUGAACGAAAGGAAGUUGAACGCAGCGUUCCGCUCGGCUAAAAGCGUCAUCCUCGUCUUCUCUGUCAGGGAGAGCGGCAAAUUUCAAGGUUUUGCUCGACUCUCGUCCGAGUCUCAUCACGGAGGUUCUCCCAUCCACUGGGUGCUGCCUGCAGGCAUGAAUGCCAAGAUGCUUGGAGGAGUCUUUAAAAUCGACUGGAUAUGCAGGCGGGAGUUACCUUUUACGAAGUCAGCACACCUUACCAACUCGUGGAACGAGCACAAGCCUGUGAAGAUCGGACGUGACGGGCAGGAGAUUGAGACGAACUGUGGCCUGCAGCUGUGCCUGCUCUUCCCUCCGGACGAGAGCAUUGACUUGUAUCAGGUUAUUCACAAAAUGCGCCACAAGAGGAGGACGCACUCGGAGCCUCGUUCCCGGGGCCGUCCCCCGCACAGAGAGCCCGCCCCACGAGACCUGGGAAGGCGUCGUCCAGAGGAAUAUGACAUGCACAACAGGAAGCGACCCAGGAUUGACUAUCCUCCCGAGUUCCCCCAGAGACCAGGUUUUAUGCAAGACCCACGCAACCAACCAGUGGACAGACGCUUUUCUGGAGUAAGGAGAGAUGUGUUCCUCAACGGCUCUUACAACGAUUACAUGCGAGAGUUCCAUCACACCAUCGGACCCCCACCUCCAUGGCAAGGGAUGGCGCCAUAUCCUGGUAUGGAUCAGCCUCCUCACCAUCCGUAUUACCAACACCAUCCUCCGCCACCCCAGACCCACCCACCAUACUCUGGUCACCACCCCAUGCCCCACGAUGCCCGCUUCAGGGAGAAGAGGGUUGUUCGUUCUUUCUCCUCCAGUCUGCACGAUUACGAUAUGCGUGUAGACGACUUCCUGAGACGCACCCAGGCGGUGGUGAGCGGCCGCAGGAGCCGGCCGAGAGAGCGCGAGCGGCAGAGAGAGCGCGAGCGGCCGCGGGACGCACGCCGAGAGCGGGAGCGAGAGCGAGGACGCGAACGUGACCGGGACAGAGACCGCAUCAGAGACCGUGACAGGGAGAAAGAAAGAGGGCGCUAUCGCAGAUAAGAGAAGAUUCUCUACAGCUUCCUUUUUUUCUUCUUGUCGUCACUUUUUUGGUCACACACAAAGUUUUGCUAAGUAGCUCAUUAUUGAUUUCUCUGUUGAAAAUCCCUUUUAAUAUCUUUCUGGGAAACAUAACAGUUAGUAAUUUUUUUUUUUUUUUUUUUUUUUUUUUUUGUAGAUAAGUACGUAUGUAUAAUACUGAAGUGUAAUUCAGAGAAAAAACACCACUCUUCCUUUCAGAGUAUUAUUUUUAAACGUGUACAUUGUUUUACAGGAGAUUGUAUAAUGCAUGCAGUGUUUUCUACUGUGAAAACCAAAAAUCUUUUUUUUUCUUCUUUUAAACGUUGAGCAUCGAGAGGGCACGAUUUUCUCAUACAUUCGGUAUUGUGUUACAGUUUAGGACAAAUUUUCUUUGCCUCCAUCCUUCACCGCUAAUCAGCUCUGUAAAUGUCUCUGCUGUGAGGUUUAAGGUAACGCACACUUGUCUGUGAUAUCCGUUAUUGUACAUAAUAUCUGAAUGGACUGUUAAAGCAGUACAACAUGCUGCAGCACGUUCCUUUAUAUGGCUUUACUUUCCAAAUGUUCUGUUUUGAUUACGUGGGUGAAAAAAAAAGAAGCAAUAUCACCUUUUUCUGUUUAAUCACUGUUGUAUUCUGUAAAUUCCCUGAAAUGAAGGUCUGUACAGCAACAUGCUAGAUGUUUUUGUCAGGAAAGUUGUAUCUUUUACUGAUAUCUUUUGUAUAAUUAAAAAGAAAACACUGUGUUGUUUGUA